ACUUUUGUUGUUUUGUAAUGAGUUCGUACAUCCCAGAGUCUGUUAGACUCAAGGAGAAACGUGACGCAUUGCUAAAAGCCAAGCAGGUUGCUGAAGCUUUGAAGAAGGAGAAUUCACGCGACCAUUACCAUACCGAAUAUGUAAAGCGAGCAGAACGAUACAUUUUGGAAUAUCAGCAAAAAGAAAAAGAAGAGAUUGAAAGAAAUCGGAUGGCCCGUAAUAAAGGGUUGCUCAUCAGUAACAACUCAAAUCGGCUAGUAUUUGUGAUUCGAAUUCGUGGCAUCAACGAAGUCCCUCCAAAGCCAAAGAAAGUUUUGGAGUUAUUCCGCUUGCUGCAGAUUAACAAUGGCGUGUUUGUUCGCUUGAAUGAGUCAACACGAAAAAUGCUGGAAAUCAUUUCUCCCUAUGUUGCUUUUGGCUAUCCCUCGGUGAAUACCGUCCGCAACCUCAUCUACAAGCGCGGCUUCGCGAGAGUGAACAAACAACGUGUUCCUGUAUCAACCAACGAACUGGUCGCCGAGCAUCUGAAGCAGUUCGACAUCAUCUGCGUGGAGGACUUGGUUCACGAGAUUUAUACGGUCGGCGAGCAUUUCAAAGAGGCGAACAAUUUUCUGUGGCCUUUUAAACUCAAUGCACCCACGGGAGGCUAUAAGAACGUGAAGAAGCAGUUUAACGAAGGAGGAGACACGGGAAACAGAGAAUACCUCAUUAAUGGAUUAAUAGCGAGAAUGCUGUAGUGGAAAAUCGUGUGUAACAACCAAACAAAAUGUACCAU